AUGGCGUCGAUUGUUUUGAGAAAACCUAGCAAUAUGAGAAAAAACAGGAUCAAUCCUGAGAAACUCUUCUUGUACGACAAUUUCGCCUUCCCAGAUUUCGUCAAGAAGGCGCUGUCGGGAGCCUUCAGAGACAACAUUCGAGUUUUUCUUCAUGAUUUCGCAGAGAUUCAAAACUACUGCGUCAACGGAAUGCCGGUUUGGUGCACUUCCUUGUUCACUGAGAACGGCGUCGUCUGCCCGCUCUACACUGUGGAAGAAACCGUUCAGGACUCUCCCGCCCCCUUCUGCAAUUACUGUGAAUUAUCAGGUUGGGGUCACCAUUUUGUUUGCAAGAGAAAGUACCAUUUUAUAAUUCCGGCCAAAGCUGAUUGGAAUGAGCCGUUGGAUGUGGAUUUUGCUGAACUUGAGAACCUUAAAUUAUACGGAUUGGUUCACUGCAACGGAUUCGGGCAUCUCGUCUGCAUCCACGGUUUGAGAUACAAUUUUAAUUUCUUUGGUGCAGAGGAUAGUAUGGAAUUCUGGGAUCGUCUUUGCACCCUUCUUAGAGUCAGGAGCAUUUCGGCCGAUCAUGUAUCGAGGAGGGGUUCGGUUGAGCUUAAUUUGAUCCACGGCAUAGCAUACGGGAAAUCGUGGCUAGCUAAAUGGGGCUACAGAUUUAAUGGCGAAAUUACAGAGGAAAAACACAACGCAGCUAUCCGAUAUCUGAGCAAAUUAAGCCUCGAUCUAAUUAUCAGUAUUUCCAUGAGCAAUCGGAAUGCAAAUAGGAUCAAAUCCAUCAUAGACGCGUACCUAAAAUGCAGCACGAAUCCACUCUCCACAAUCAGUGAUCUGCUUAAAUUCAUGCUGGCUCUUGAUUCAAGAAUCGACAUGGUCGCUAAUGGCGCACCCAAGCUUAAUUUGGAAACAGGGGAAUCAAUUCCGAUGGGGUUCGAGAAGUUGGUGGAUUCGAUGAGGAAGAGCUGUAGGUGGCCUGCGAGGAGGCUUGAGCACGUGCUCCUCGUGAUCGUUGAUCUGUUGAAGGAGCACAAGAACGAGAAUCUCGGGAGGGACUGUAGCGUGUCGCGUCAACAACUGAGAGAUGGGGCGAGGAGGUCGAUUGGGGACACUGGCUUGAUUGACUUCGUGCUCAAGUCGAUCAACUGUUUCACGGUGGAGAAUCAGAUCGUACGUCGUGCCACGAAUCCAUUAUCCAGGUUGGCGGAGUUCAGCAUUCAAGAAUGCUCACGGAGCUAUAAUUUAUCUGUAGAUGUGUGGACUGUUUGUGAGCAUGUGGUGGCAAUGUGGCCGGAGACUAAGCUUAUUCUUGAAUGUGAUCACUUUGUCAAAGAGUGGCCUAUUGGGGACAGGGUUGUGGGGCAGGGGUUGGUAUUGGAGUGCAAGGUGUUGCCGAGCUUUGAUGAGCUGGAGGGUCAGUUGGGGCGGCGCCUGUCGCCUGGAGAAGUGGUGGUGGUGAAGCCAUGGAUGACGGUAGCGGAUCUUAAGAUGGUGGCGCAGGGUGCUUUGAGGGAUACUUACUGUGUGAUGGAUGAGUUUGAAGUGAGCCAGAUUGGGGGGUUGAGGAAGAUUGAGAAUGAUAAGAUGGUUGGCAGUGUGUUCGAGCUUGGGGCGCAGGUUUGGGUGAGGGGCCGUGGCUUGGACUUGGGCACACGCCUCAGGCACGAAGAUGGAGGCUGGAAAAUGAAGGGCUGAAGGGAGGAGGAGGAGGUUGUAGUACCACGGUGUGUUUAGGCUGUGGAAUUUGAAGUUAUGGAUGUGAGAAUGUAGAUAUGUAGG